AUGGCGCCUUCGCCCCUCUUCUCCAUCUCCCUACUGGCUGCGGGAGCAGUGGUCGGAGCUGGUACUGCUGCUUUACUCUCUAGUCGUCCUCGUAGGGACGCAGUGCCGGAGAGCAAGGCGCCAGCGCCACCCCUCCCUUCGCAGCAAGCACCACUGCCUUCAAGCUCAUCCAACACAUUUGAGACGGACCUCGUAGACAGGAGACUGCUUGCUGUCGCAGCGAGGCAGGCUGGAGGCGCCAUCGAGAGCUCAGGAUACCCUGGGCCAGUGUCAGAUCUUCUUGUGCAUACAGCCUACAUCUCUGCCUACGACAGGAGGCUGAAACACCCAGUAUGGGUUACUGAAUCCCUCCUGAAGCUUCCCCUCGCCAAUGGCCAGAAGCCCUCGAAAGCGGACCGCUCCUUCUCCGUCUUCAUGGAGGAUGAGAGGAUCCCAGAGAAGUUCAGGGCAAAGAUGUCCGACUACUUCAAGUCUGGCUACGACCGAGGCCACAUGGUUGCUGCAGCAGACGCAAAGUUCUCGCAGCAGGCAAUGAAUGAGACUUUCUUCCUGACCAAUAUCGCUCCCCAGGUCGGCGAGGGCUUCAAUAGAGACUACUGGGCGCACACGGAAGACUUUGUGCGGCGCUUGACCGACAAGUUUGCAGACGUGUAUGUCUUCACUGUGCCUCUGUAUCUGCCGAAGCAGGACUUGGACGGCAAGUGGAAGGUAUCCUACGAAGUCAUCGGCAACCCUCCUUCUGUAUCUGUCCCGACGCACUUCGCCAAGGUUGUUCUCGGCGUAGGUCGUCCGUCCGCGGGCAGCAAUCAAGGCCUCCUCCCUUCCUCUACCUCAAGCAGUACGCCUAAACCUCCAGCUCUCACUCCACGAGGUCUUGCCGGCAACCUGCUGCAAGAAAAGUGGAUCGGUCUCGGCGCGUUUGUCAUCCCCAACACGCCCGUCCCCAAUGAGGUACCCCUCAAGAACUUUGUCGUGCCAGUAGACGCAGUCGAGCGCGCUGCCGGCUUGUCCCUGUUCCCAGAGCCGGUCAAGGGGGUUGCGAAGCAGCUCUGUUCACUCGUAGACUGCAGCAUCAUCGUCAGGGAUUUUUCAGAUGCGAACAAGCGGAUGAAGAGAAGCAACAGUGCACCUGCGGGACUCAGUCUCCCUCCCGCAUCGAAAAGCUAG